GCUGUCAGUGUGUCUUAUCUUUAUGUCUUUAGUGUCCUCAUCAGGCUGUCCGCUGUCAGACAGCAGGAAGGUUCCCAGCUAAUAAAAGUGUGUGUGUGUCCCUUCAGGUCUGUGCAGCAGUUAACCAUGAGAUCAUUGAUGCUGUUGUUGUGAGGGCCUCGCCCACUGGCCUCAGACUGUGGGAAAGCUAAUCCUGCCUGGGACUCAGGGCUUUGUGAUGCUAAUGUGGGCCUAUAAAUAGAGGAGAGGGAUCCUCAAUCCCAGCACAGCUCGCUCUGCUCGCCCACAGAAGCUCAGUGCUCUACCAGAAUGUCUCCGACCGACGCCUCGGUGCUCUCCACCAAAGACAGACACAAACUGAGGAAACCGCUCGUGGAGAAGAUGCGCAGAGAUCGCAUCAACAGCUGCAUCGAGCAGCUCAAGAUCAUUCUGGAGAAGGAGUUCCACAAACAGGAUCCCAACGCCAAGUUGGAGAAGGCCGACGUCCUGGAGAUGACUGUGGUGUUCCUGAGGCGGCAGCUGCAGCCUCAGAGCCACGGCUACUCCCUCUGCUGGAAGGAGACGCUGCGCUUCCUGUCCGCCUCCAGCUCUCUGGAGGAAGUGACGCUGCCCGACAUGCGCCGCCUCCAGGACGCCGCCAGCCCUGCGCCCGCCCUCUCCAUCCAGGCUGCGGGGAAGCAACUGGUGGGGUCCGACAAAGGCAUGUGGAGGCCGUGGUAGAGGAGGACACUGAUGGACGGUAGGAGGAACACUGACGGAGAGGAGAGGAGGACACUGACGGAGAGGUAGAGGAGGACAUGACGGAGAGGUAGAGGAGGACACUGACGGAGGUUGGACUCCUGUGGAGUCCUCGUCUAUAUCUGAGGACUGCGCGCUGCAGUGAGGACAUUAUCUUCCAUGUGAGGAUAAAACUAGUUUCACCUUUUAUAAAGGACAUAAUAAUAUAUUUAUUUUGUUGUGUGAAGCUGAUGAUAUUUGAAUAAAUUCAUUUUUUAUCUUUGAACCUUGUUCACUGGAAUUCCACAUGUUUUGAAUCAUUUAUCCUCCACAGCAGGCGUCAGAUCUACUGGGAACAGUUCAUUAAACUGUAACUGAUAAAACCUCCAUAUCUACGUUCUAAACUCAGCAUCUUCAACAGGAACCAACAUUUAUGUUCUAGCAAAUUCAUUACUACACCCUGAAAGUCUGUACAGCCUACCAGGGACCAGGGACCAGGGACCAGUGACCAGGGACUGGGACCAGGAAUUUCUGAUCAUUGCAGUUGCUUUUAAACACACACACAGAUAUUGUGCUCCUUUAACUUUAACUGGGUUGUUUCUCACAUUCACUGUUUGCAGGUUCGACUCUUGGUCGGGUUUUCUUUGUAAAUGAGAACUGGUCUGUACUGGUUCAAUAUCAAAAUAAAAAUAUUAUUAAUAUUAUUAUAAACAGACCUCAGGAAGAGAAGCUCCACCAACAUUGUGAUUUUUAUUCUCGGUUUGUUUUUUUUUAAGUAAUUUUUUUGUC